AUGUCGAAGCGUCCGAGCGGCAGCUCGGCGGCCGCGCAGAAGAAGAAGAUGCUCACGCGCGACCGCUUCAAGUACCGGCUGAUGCGCGUGAACCCCACCGACUUUGACGUCGAGGAGCUGAGCGCGGCUCAGCUCGUGGCGUUCGAGCAGCGGCACCCGCAGAUCGCGGCGCGGUGGAUCAAUGGCGAGGACGCGGCGCCGAGCUGGCAGCAGUCCUGCGGCUCCAUCCUCAAGGGCACCGUGCGGCUGCACCUGUCGGGCGGCAAGUUCGGCUCGGCCGACGACUUCAAGGCGGCGGUGCACCUGACGCUGAACAACGCGAUGCGCUUCAACCCGCCAGGCGAGGCGGGAGCGCAGGGCGGGGGCAACCUCGUGCACGAGGACGCGCGCAAGCUCCUCACGACCUUCGACCGGAAGUUCGCCUCGCUGCACCUCGACGCGCCGCCGCCGCCGCCCGCCGAGAGGGAGGCGCUUGCCCAGGACCACUCGCCCGACGCGCCGCAGCCAGCCGCAGCGCCGGCGGCGGCCGGUGCGGCUGGCGGCGGAGUGCAGCGCCAGACCUCGAUGGCCGCUGUCGAGCGGACGGCGUCGGCGUCGUCGGCGGCUGCGGCGGCGGUGCAGGCGUUCGAGCAGCAGCAGGCGGAGGCGGCGGCGGCGGCGCAGGAGCAGGCGAGGCAGCAGCAGCGGCAGCAGGAGGAGGCGGCCGAGAUGGACGCGUGGGCGAGCAGCAACCUCGGGGAGGAGGAGGCUGCGGCGGAGGAGGCGCUUGCGGCGGUCAAGCCGGUCCUCUCCGACUCGGACUCCGACUCGGAGGACGCAGCAGCAGGCGGAGCGGCGCCGGCGCCCGCCGCUCCCGCCGCCGCGCCGGCGGGCCCUUCGGCGGUCAACUCGGCGGUCAACUUUGACGAGCUCGACGACGGCGGCGAGGCGGGGGCGGGGGCGGGGCAGGGCGGGCCGGCCGGCGGAGAGGAGGGCGGCGCGCCGAACGGGGUGGCGGGCAAGCAGCCGGCGACGGGCGGCAAGCACCCUGCGACGGGCGGCAAGCACGAGAGCACGGGAGGCAAGCAGCCCCUCGGCUCGCUCGAGGAGGACGACGCGUCUGUGGUUGGCGACUCGGAGAUGGGAGACUCGGAGCUGGGGGACGAGGCGUCCGAGGUUGCGUCCGAGGCGGACGGGGACGCGAUCUCCGAGUCGGACCUGUUCGACCUGGAGAGCGACGGCGAGGGGCUCGGCGACGACGGGCUCGACGGGAUGAGCGAGGCGGGCUACAGCAGCAGGCAGGGCGAGGAGGAGAGCGAGGGCGAGUACGACGCCUCCGAGGCGGGGGAGGACGAGGCGGGGGAGGACGAGGCGGACGGCGCAGCCUCCGAGGCGGCCUCGGAGGGCGGCAGCGGCGGCGACCCGUCCGACUCUCUCUUUGACGACGAGUGACCUGCACGAGUGACCCUCUCGGCGGAGGCAGAGGCGGCGAGCGGCGGGCGGCAGCUCACUCGGCGGGCGCGGGAGGGAGCCGGCCUCUGGCUGGCCGCCGGACAAAGGGGGAGGUAGCCAGGCGGGCAGGGGGAGGAGCGUAGCCAUAGGCAGAGAGCGAGAGAGAGGAGCGAGCAAACGAACGCAACACCCGAGCGGUGCGGCCGGCUGUCACACCGGGCAGCGCAGAGUGCGCGAGACGCGCUCGAGGAGAAGAGAGGCGGAGAGAGAGUCCGCUCUCUCCGCCGUACCGUCAUGUGCCAUAAAACAAAAUCACAUGGUAUC